CAAGACGAUCAAACUCAGAAGCAGGAUGGGCGAAUCAGCAAACUUGAAAGGCAAAUGGCAGAGGCUCUUAAAGACUCGCCGAAGAUCCAAUCAAAUAAUUGCCCACCCUCGGAAACUUCGCUAACAACAGAUGGUCCGAAAGAGAAAGAGAUUCAUCUGAGAUCAUUUGUGAAGGAGUUUUUCGCCCAAACCACGAUGCAUGGUACCAAGUACAUUGCUGAAGAGGUCAACAUUCUUGAUCGUCUGAUUUGGACUGUCGUAGUCAUAGCUGCUCUCUCUUACUCCUGUUAUGUGGUGAAUGAGUCCAUUACUGAAUUCCAAACCAAUCCCACCAUCACCUCCUACGAGAGCGCCGACAUUAGAGAGGUUUUCUUUCCCGCCAUAACGGUGGAUGGCGGAUCCAUCUGGAACCACUGGGGAUUGACUAGGGCAUUACUGGAUCCCCUGUCCGAUGACGGUUUUGCAACGCUGAACAGGAGAUUGGGACCUCUCAAGAUAAGACUGUACCAAACAAUUUACCCCCUUAUCCUGACACAUGUGGAAAGUGUUUUGGGUCGAAACAUCACCGUGCAAGAGAUCAGAGACCUCCACAACGAUAAAGACUUUCCGGAUGGAAUCUCAGCCCUCACAACAAUAUUUUCAAACUCGGAAUUUCAAGCCUUCUUUCAACAACCCAUGUUUGUAAAUUUUGGUGCGAGGUACCUGGAAAACGACCUUUUGACUUAUUUGGCUGCUAUGCGUAUGGAUUUCCCAAAUGAGACGACAGACCUCCUUUACAACGAGUUUCAAGACUAUGUAGCGGAAGCGAUAAUCACAUUGGGAAAAUGGCACCAACAUAUUUGGGAUGAAAGGAAUUCAGUUCUUGAGAAUGUCUUCAAUAGCCUGACUGAUCAAUUCCGACCGAAGCAAAAAAGUCUAGAUGCUUGCACCAAUGGGACAGAUAUUUGCCUGGAUGCCUUGAAUUAUGUGGGCGCCCGACUGAUUGCCUUGGCUAUAUUCCGGUCCGAUCUAGUGACCUUUACAGAAUUUGGCCAUUUUCUCGAGCGCUACUUUGAGGCAGUUCACAAGAUGCCAUUGUUGUGGGGCCAACUUAAAAGUUUAACGGAGUCUUAUUUGAUAUUUGGUGAGCAAUCUAGAGGCAAGCGAUACAGUCCUCCCCAGGGCGAUAUAGCUCCUGACCUCGAACCCUUCCCCACUAGCUUGGAAGAACAAAUCGUGUCAGACAUUUUGACCGAAGGGGCCAGCCGAUUUUUUAAGACCAUGGAACUGAACAUGUCUCUGUAUGAGAUCAGUCAAGUUUUAGAUUUACCUUAUCAUGCAGGAGAGGCUCAACUUUACCAAGCCAAAGAGAUCUAUAAAAGAAUGAAGUGCUACAACUUUGAUUAUCUCGGCAACUUCAACACGUCUAAAUGUGGGCAGGACGAGCAUCCCAAAAUCGCCGGCUGUUGUCGGAUUUGGGAGGCCAUUUCGACUCAACAUGAGGGGGUUCUCAAAAUGAUGCGAUUCAACCAACAAGCUCCACAUUGGAACUCGGAGGAUAACGCCAUGUUUGAAGAAGCGCAACAAGGCUACUUCGGAGAUUUUGAGGAUAUUAAAAAACCGUAUGGAGUAAGCAAUCCCAGGAUUUUUGGCUGCCAAUGGCUAGGAUUUCCCACUGAAGAUCACAUAGCUUCCUGCAACUUAUUUCAUAGACUUUUCACCAAUGCCGGGAUGGGAUACACCUUCAAUUCUGCUGAUUAUGAAGAUUUAUUCUUAGACACGUCGUAUUUGAAUACGUUCAAAACGGUAAUGAAUGCGAAGAUAAGAUCUCAUGGGAAACCAGUAAUAUUGGUCGAUGGGCCUGGACCCCAAAAUACUUUGAAAAUUCAUGUCGAGCUAAGCCGACAAUUCGACAAUUUCAUCAAAUUUGGCAACCCUCAGUAUAGCUGGAGCGGAGGCAUACCUAGAAGUUCAUUCCGCUCUUUGGAUAAGUCUUUCAAAAUCGGCAUCCACCACCCAGGAAGCUUGGCUGACCUCCGGAAUGACUACAUCAAGGUCAAACCCGGAUUCGAAUACCAAGUCCUGAUCACUCCACAAGUUCACACGGCUGAAGAAUCGCUCCGUUCCAUGCCUUUGGAAAAACGGAAAUGCCAAUUCCAAGACGAGAGCUCUGGUUCGGUCCUCUUUAAAUCUUACUCUCAGACCAACUGUCAACUGGAAUGUCGACUGAAAUUGGCAGUCGAACAAUGUGGAUGUUUGCCAUGGAACUAUCCCCAUAUGGUUCUGGAUGGUCAGUUGACCAAGCUCUGUGAUUACCGUGGAAAUUUUUGUGUGGAGCAAAUCCUUCAGCAACCCACAACGUUGCAGGAUUGUCGUUGCUAUCCCCUUUGUGAAACAAUCACAUAUCCUUAUUCAAUGAACAUGAAAGUCAUGGAACGUCCCUGCUCAUCAGAAUCAAAGUCGUUCGUUCUCUUGGAUUAUGGCCAAAGCUCAGACCUGUCUCCAUUUGUUUCGUUUCCGAUCGAAGACUACCUAACCGGAAAGAAUCGAUCUUAUGAAGCACUGACAGUAGGAAAAGAAGAGUUUUGUCAUGAAAGAUGCGACAAUUCGGCCGUGGUGGAAUUCCAAAUUUUAGGGACAAGUGUGACAGUCGUCAAAAAAAGCGCUCGAACAACUUUCAUAGGGGCUUUGGCGAAUUUUGGCGGACUGGUUGCUCUGUUCACAGGAAUGAGCAUUUUGAGCUUAUUUGAGGCACUCUUUUGGAUAUGGAAGUACCUCCGAGGCACUAUUUUCCGUUGCCAUGGCAGAAAACAAAACGCAAACGCUGAACAUCUAAUGUUGACUUAAAAUCCAUCAGCUAGUCGCACUUUGCGUUCCAGAUCGAUUUUAUUGUUUCUUUUACUGAUUUGCUUCAAUUUCCGACUUACGGAAAAAGUAUCGUUCUAUUGCAUAUACAGCACCUUCAAAUCCCGGGACCCAUUUACAAUGAAAACUUCAUAAAGAUCAAUUGUUCAGCCGUAUUGGAGUAUGCAUCCCCCAUUUUAGCUCCCAUAACCGCAGCAUGUCCAAACAAGAUUGAAAGAGUGCAGAGGAGUUUCACGCGAAAUAUCGCAGACAUGAGUCAUUUAAAUUAUUGGGAUCGGCUUCAAUCUCUGGAACUGUGCCGUGUCGAAAGAAGAUACGAGCAAUAUGUAAUUAUUUACAUGUUUAGAUAGGUAUCUGAUACUGUAGGUUUUCAAAAGCAGUCAUGAGUUUUGUCCCAACCCAGGAUUUAGUGUCAAUUGUACUGACCGUAGAUGCCCAAAUAAUCUGUUAGCACCAUGGAAAAUUAUCAAGGACUUUUCAAAGGCCUUCGACAAGGUCUCUCACUCUGCUGAUUCUAAAGCUCAAACGAGCGGGAAUUGGAGGAGAAAUUCUAAACUGGAUACAGUUGUUCAGACGGGUUUAAUGGACGAAUAUAGGCUUAGAUUCAUUGCUCAAUUUAUCAUGACCGUCUCUCGAGGAUUGGUGAUGAUUAUUGUAUAUUUCCGAAGUGCGAAUUUUUAUGUAGACAAGAAACAAAGAAAGACGGUGUGAGUCGCUCGUGAGAGAUAUAAAAAGACGUGAAAAAGACAUACCUACAGUCCACUUUAUCAAAGGCCAACGGAUUCUGGUCCGACGUUGAGGAUAUGGCCUUGCCAGCCAAAUCAGACUUAGGUUAGCCAGAAUGCGUCGGAACAUACAGUCCUGGCUGACUCGCAGGCAGCAGAGUGGUGCUCAACGGCCAGGGUUCUCCGUGGGCCAAGGUCACUCCCCAUGUACCGCAGGGCAGUGUGCUUGAUCCACUUUUGUUUCUUGUCUUUAUCAAUGACUCAAUGUCUUAAAACAUCUGACACUGAUGUCACGUACAAACUUGAUGGUCUUCUCCUGUUGGGGGUGGAUCACGAUGUCGACCUUGGAGUCUCCUUUGAUAAAGGACUGACUUUCAGCUAACAUUGUGCAAAAUUGGCGUCGAAGUCGAACAGGAUGUUGGGUAUGAUCAUUCGUCACUUUUGCUCAAGGGACUCAACCACACUUGUGAAUAUUUUCAAGACCUUUGUGAGGCCCCCUUAGGAAUUCUCCUCCGAAGUGCGGAAUCCUCCAAACCGUGUCAAUGUUGAUCUAUUGGAGAAAGUCCAAACGCGGGCGACCAAGUCUGUGAAAGAUUCCAGACAUCUACCUUACCUGGCCCGUAUCUCAUUUAAUUUUCUCCAAUCUCUAGAGGAGAGGGGGUCAAAUUUUAGACAUGGUGUUAACCGAUUGAAUGUGCACGUGUCAACUAAAGUUGCCCCAUUGGGUGGCGCACUCCCGUUCUUUGAAAUAUCCAAAAGUGAUCGCAUGGCAACUACACUUACUACUAUACUACUAUUGUAGAAGAUUGACAACUAAAGCCCUUUUUGAGCCCUUGGUCAGGAGGAAGAUUCGUAGUCACUCCUUGUUUGUUCAAAUGAACAGAGUCUGGUACAAAUUUCCGCUUACUUCGAGAAUGGCCGACACAACCAAAAAGUUUUAAAACUCACCUAACGCCUCUCGCCUUGCAUGAGGAACCAUCGCUAUGAAGCUGUGCCCAGGCUUUGACUACUUAACCUCAACUUUCUUGACAAUGCCAUUUCCUUCUUCCGUCUUUUUCUCUCUCCCUUUUUUGUCUCUCGGUCACUCUCUCUCCUCUCUUCCUUUACCAAAAGUCUUUUAUCAUCUAGAUAAUGUAUGAGCGGUCUCAACAAUAAACAAUAAAUGCCAAUUUUCGAUUACUUUUAAACAUUUUCAGAAAUAUUUAGCAUGCUUUUUAGUACGUCAAUAAUCGGUUUCCCUUUUCUUGAGUAAAUUUUAUUCUUAUAU